GGGAGUGGGAUAGAGCAGGGUAAGCAGGGUAGACCUGGUAGAAAUAUCGUCGCAUGAAUCAUCUCCAGCAGUCACCAGUGCACCCAUUCGUACUUCAACAGCUUGCAAGGGGGCAUGCCAUCCCGAUUCUUCCUCGGUCCCUGCUUCCCUGACACAUGAUGUUCAUCACACCACCUGUCCCGACCUCUCCAGACCCGCUGCGCUAUGUUCAAGACGAAUACCUAUAAUUCACCCGUCCGGAAGAAAGGAGGACAGCAUGGAUGAUCUUUCGAUAUUCCAAUUGAAUAUGAAUGAAUUGUCCGACGGUAUUCGCAGCUCAUUGGCGGCAGGCGGCGCAGGGUGCCUUGGUCAGAAAACACAUAAAAGAGGCUGCAGAGAAAAUGGUCACCUCCCACCCCCCUCUGCUUUGAGUUCAUCGGGGUCUACGUGACGAUGAUGCGUCUGCUUACUGUCGUUCUUCCUUUGCUAUCCUCCUCUGGACUUGCUCUUGGCAGAAUCCCAGAUGGACGUCUGCACGCAAAUACACCUCCCAGACCAGGCGUUCCUCGCAUUGCCACGCCAACAGGUCCUGUUGUGCAUGCGUCGUUAGCCGCUACACUUCCUCCAUACAACACAACGUACUACUUUGACCAGCUUAUAGACCACAACGAUCCCAGCUUGGGCACGUUCAAACAACGGUACUACCACACAUGGGAGUUUUACGAGUCUGGUGGACCGAUCAUCUUAUUCACGCCGGGGGAAGAGAACGUCGAAGACUACACUGGGUACCUCAGGAACUCGACUCUAAACGGAAAAGUAGCUCAGCAGCAAAAUGGUGCGACGAUCGUUCUCGAACAUCGGUUUUAUGGGUUAUCGAACCCGUACAACAACCUGUCCGUCGCGAGCUUGAAAUACCACACAAUUCAACAAGCGAUCGACGACCUCGAGUACUUUGCGAAAAAUGUUCAACUGGCUAUGCCCGGCGGAGACGCUGUUGCGCCUGGUCAAGCGCCCUGGAUCUUGAUCGGUGGAAGCUAUGGCGGCGCGCUUACGAGUUAUACUAUGGUCAAUAAACCUGGCCUUUUCUGGGCUGGGUACGCGUCUUCUGCAACCGUGCAGAACAUUGUCGACUUCUGGGGAUACUUUGAGCCUAUCCGCCAAUCUAUGGCCAAAAACUGCUCCGCCGAUGUUGAGGCGGUGAUUGCGCACUUUGAUAAUGUCUUCGAGAACGGGACGCAAUCUGAAAUUGAUGCCCUCAAAGACGAAUACGGUAUGGCAAAUGUUACACACCUCGACGAUGUCACGGGAGCAUUGCGCAACAACCUAUGGGACUGGCAACUCUUGGAACCUUCUUCGGGUCCUGGGACCAAGUUCUUCGAUUUCUGCGACGCUCUGGAAGUAAAAGACGGCGUCAGCGCAUCCGAGAGCGGCUGGGGUGCUGAUCAUGCUGUCAGCGCUUGGGGAUCGUACUUUAAGAACACUUAUCUUCCGAAACUCUGUGGCACAGUGAACGCAGAAGAUUGUCUUAGCACAUAUCUAUCAAAUCAGACCUUCUGGACUGAUAUCUCGGUCAAUAAUGCUCAGCGAUCGUGGUCUUGGAUAGUAUGCAAUGAAGUCGGUUUCCUGCAGGUUGGAGCGCCAGCCGAUCAUCCCACCCUCGUGUCUCGCCUGAACACCGUGGCAACUGAAGCGAGGCAAUGUCAGGAACAAUUCCCUGCUGCAUGGGACUCAACACCUACGAUCGAUGUCGAGGAAACAAAUGUGGCAUACCACGGUUGGAAUGUCACGGUUGACCGCCUUUUCUUUGCCAACGGCCAACGCGAUCCAUGGCGCGAGGCAACGCUUUCUGCCGACGGUGUGAACGUUCAGGGUACAGAGAGCCAGCCGGUCGUAGUGAGCGAUGGCUUCCACUGCUCAGACCUUCUCACCAGGAACGCGCUGGUCGACGAUACAAUUCUCGAUGUGCACACCCAGGCGUUGGCUAGUAUGAAGACGUGGUUGGCGGACUGGUCGCCGACCAGCUCUAAGCGGGAGUUGGACGGAGCCUUGUAUAAGAGAAGUUAUUCGAUUAAGAGAGACGAGUAGACAUUUUAUGCACCUUGACGAGUACAAUUCUGGAAUUAGGAUUGCAGUGGAAUCAUUUGAACGCGAC